CCUGAGCUGUUCCCUGGGCUGCUGCGGCCGCUGCCAACUUGCUGCGCACAGAGAGCCAUCUUGAUUCCAGAGAGCCGCCGCCAUGCCCCACUCAUACCCAGCACUCUCUCCCGAGCAGAAGAAGGAGUUGUCGGACAUCGCCUUGCAGAUUGUGGCACCAGGCAAAGGCAUUCUCGCUGCAGAUGAGUCAGUGGGGAGCAUGGCUAAGCGGCUGAGCCAAAUUGGGGUGGACAACACCGAGGAGAACCGCCGGCAGGACCGCCAGGUGCUGUUCAGUGCCGACAACCGAGUGAAGAAGGGCAUUGGAGGCGUCAUCUUCUUCCAUGAGACGCUCUACCAGAAAGAUGACAAUGGCGCCCCCUUUGUCCGUACGAUCCAGGACAAGGGCAUCGUCGCGGGCAUCAAGGUUGACAAGGGUGUGGUGCCUCUAGCCGGGACUGAUGGAGAAACCACCACUCGGGCUGGAGGGCUCUCAGAACGCUGUGCCCAAUACAAGAAGGAUGGUGCCAACUUUGCUAAAUGGCGCUGUGUGCUGAAAAUCAGCGAGUGCAUCCCCUCAUCACUUGCCAUUCUGGAGAAUGCAAACGUGCUGGCCCGCUAUGCCAGCAUCUGCCAGCAGAAUGGAACUGUGCCAAUCGUGGAACCCGAAAUCCUGCCUGAUGGAGACCACGACCUCAAGCGUUGCCAGUAUGUCACAGAGAAGGUCCUGGCUGCGGUGUACAAAGCCCUGAGCGACCAUCAUGUUUACCUGGAAGGGACCCUGUUGAAGCCCAACAUGGUGACCCCUGGACAUGCCUGUCCCAUCAAGUAGAGCCCAGAGGAGAUUGCCAUGGCAACGGUCACUGCCCUGUGUCGUACUGUGCCCCCCACCGUCCCAGGUGUGACCUUCCUGUCCAGGGGUCAGAGUGAAGAGGAGGCAUCGCUCAACCCUAAUGCCAUCAAUCGCUGCCCGCUUCCCCGGCCCUGGGCUCUCACCUUCUCCUUUGGGCGUGCCCUACAGGCCGCUGCACUCAAUGCUUGGCAAGGGCAACAAGACAAUGCUAAAGCCACCACUGAGGAAUUCAUCAAGCGGGCUGAGGUGAAGGGCCUCGCAGCCCAGGGCAAGUACGAAGGAAGUGGUGAAGACGGUGGAGCGGCCGCACAGUCCCUCUACAUUGCCAAUCAUGCCUACUGA